AUGGGCCAACGUUCCGGGUUCUCUAGCAGCGACCUCGCCAAGCUGCGCAACAUGUACGGAUGCACGGACUCCGGAUCACCGUCCGCCAACAGCGGAGGCCAGCGGCCACAGCGACCACAGCGUCCGCAACGUCCGGUUCGUCCCCAGCGACCGGCCAACGGUGGCAAUGGGGGUCAGGUGGCCGGAGCCAUCCUCAACCUGAUCGGCGGUCUGUUUGGCGAUUCGGACAACAACGCUACGGAGCCGGCACACUCGCUCGGUACGGCCAAGAUGGGCCAACGGGAUGGAUUCUCGUGGAACGAUCUGGAGAAGCUGAACCGAAUGUACAACUGCAAGGGAGCAACCGUCGCGCCGGCCACAGUCGGUGGACAGUCGAACCUGAAACCACCGGGCUUCGUCGGCCCUGCCCUGUUUCCCGGUGGAUCCGCUGCCAACGGUGGACAAGGAAUUGGCGGCAACGGUGGCGGUGGACUGCCAUACUAUCCACAGCCUGGUGCUGGUCCGUACUAUCCCUAUCCGGGACCGAUGAACCCGGGUCCCUACUAUCCGCCCUAUCGACCACAGCCGGGCUACCCGUACGGACCGUACGAUGAGGUGGACCACCAGACCAUCACUGAACCGCAACCGCCAGCCACCAACGACGUUUGA